CUACAUUAAGCGCGACCAAAGAUGGCCAACAAUACACGUUCACAUAGUAAACUGCAGUAAUUAUCAACCCCGCUUUAAAUCAUUUCCUAUUAACGAGUUUUGGUUUCAGAUAUAACAAUGGCUUAAGUACUUGUACUCUUUACAUGGAAUUUCAAAUCUAGAAGCUAGUGUAAGAACGACGGACGAAGAGUUCUUCAGGUUAAACCAUAGUCGGCCAGCUUGUGAAAGACUGCCGGCGCUCUCAGUUUGGAAGGCUGCUAUUCCUUACACCCCUCACCGUGCAACAUGUUGAAGUCCAAAACGUUUGUGAAGAAGACGCGCUCGGGGGGCAUUAUGAAAAUUGUGCGGGAGCACUACCUACGAGAUGACAUCUAUUGCGGCAGCGCGGCUUGCAGUGUGUGCCCGCAGAAGGAUAAAGUACUGCAGCGUGACACGAACCUGGAAAGCACGCUUUGCGACCGCCCUCACUAUUUAAUACCCGACACCAACGUGGUGAUGCACCAGGUUGACAUUUUGGAGGACCUUGUUAUUUCCAAUGUCAUCAUUCUUCAGACUGUUUUGCAAGAAGUCAGGCACAGAAGUGCACCGAUAUAUAAAAGAAUUAAAGACAUAAUACAUAAUACAGAAAAGCAUUUCUACACUUUUACUAAUGAACACCACAGAGAAACCUAUAUUGAACAAGAAAAAGGUGAAAAUGCAAAUGACCGCAAUGACCGAGCAAUCCGGGUUGCAGCCAAGUGGUACACUGAGCACUUAAACGCAGCUGAUAAAGAUUUUAGAGUUAUUUUAUUGACAAAUGACAGGAAAAAUAAGGAGAAGGCUGAAGAAUCUGGACUUCUGGCAUACACUUGUGAAGAGUAUGUGAAGAGCCUAGUGGCCAAUCCAGAACUUGUAGAUCGUCUUGCUUCAAUACCAGAUAAUGAGAAUGAAAUUGAAACUGGUAGAAUAAUCUUUCAAGAACAUUUGCAGCUGUCUAGACUACAGCAGGGGAUCAAGUCUGGUACUUACUUGCAGGGAACAUUUCGGGCCAGCAGAGAUAACUACUUGGAAGCCACUGUGUGGGUCCAUGGAGAUAAUGCUGAAAAUCAAGAGAUUCUUAUCCAGGGUCUGAAGAAUUUAAACAGGGCAGUACAUGAAGAUAUUGUUGCAAUUGAAUUGUUUCCCAAAGACAAGUGGAUGGCACCCUCGUCAGUUGUGCUUGAAGAUGAAGGCACAGCAGAAGAUAAUAGCGAUGAUGAUAAAGAAAAAAUUCUAAAAAUGGAGGUACAGGAAAGUAUGCUGAAGCCUACUGGAAGAGUUGUUGGCAUCAUUAAGAGAAACUGGAGACAAUACUGUGGAAUGCUGUCAAAGUCACAAAUCAAAGAGAUUACACAUGAGCACUGCUACUGGUGCAAGCUACCAGUGAAAAAGGCAAAGAAGCAUUUGUUUACACCAGCAGACCGUAGGAUCCCUAGAAUACGAAUAGAGACCAGACAGGCCUCAACAUUGGAAGGACAGAGGAUUAUUGUUGCAAUUGACGGAUGGCCUAAAAAUUCCAGAUAUCCAAAUGGCCACUUUGUGAGAAGCUUGGGAAAUGUUGGAAACAAAGAGACUGAGACUGAAGUCUUGCUUCUUGAGCACGAUGUUCCUCACCAGCCAUUUUCACAAGCUGUACUUAGCUUUCUGCCCAAGAUGCCUUGGAGCAUUACAGAACAGGAUAUGAAAAACAGAAUAGAUUUAAGACAUCUUUUUAUCUGCAGCGUAGACCCUCCUGGUUGUACAGAUAUUGAUGAUGCAUUACACUGCCGGGAUUUAGAAAAUGGAAAUGUUGAGGUUGGCGUUCACAUAGCAGAUGUGAGCCAUUUCAUUAGACCUGGGAAUGCAUUGGAUCAAGAGUCUGCUAAAAGAGGCACUACAGUGUAUCUUUGUGAAAAGAGAAUUGAUAUGGUUCCUGAACUGCUGAGCUCUAACUUGUGUUCACUAAGGUGUAAUGUGGAAAGGCUGGCUUUUUCAUGUAUAUGGGAGCUGAACCAUAAUGCAGAAAUUCUAAACACCAAGUUUACAAAAAGUGUAAUAAAUUCCAAGGCUUCUUUAACUUACGCAGAAGCUCAGAUGAGAAUUGAUGACCUUAGCAUGAAUGAUGAAAUUACCCUGAGUUUAAGAGGUCUAAAUAGACUGGCAAAGAUUCUUAAGAAAAGAAGAAUUGAAAAUGGAGCACUUACACUUUCCUCACCUGAAGUUCGUUUUCAUAUGGACAGUGAGACACAUGACCCAAUUGACCUACAGACUAAGGAAUUGAAAGAGACCAACUCAAUGGUGGAAGAAUUCAUGUUAUUGGCAAAUAUAUCGGUAGCCCAGAAGAUUUAUGAUGAGUUUUCAGAAUGUGCUCUUCUUCGAAAGCAUCCUGCUCCCCCUCCUUCUAAUUAUGACAUGCUUAUUAAAGCAGGCAAAUCAAAGGAUAUUGUCAUCAAGACGGAUUCGGCAAAAGCCCUUGCUGACUCUCUGGAUGCUGCUCAUGUGGAAGACUUUCCAUAUUUUAAUACCCUGCUGAGAAUCCUAGCUACGCGCUGUAUGAUGCAGGCCGUUUACUUCUGCUCUGGAAUGGACAGUGAUUUCUACCACUAUGGUCUUGCUUCUCCCAUCUACACACACUUCACAUCACCAAUUCGAAGAUAUGCUGAUAUAAUAGUUCAUAGGUUAUUGGCAGUGGCUAUAGGAGCAGACUGUACCUAUCCAGAUCUGAUGGACAAACAUAAACAGGCAGCUCUGUGUAAUAAUCUCAACUAUCGACACAAGAUGGCUCAGUAUUCGCAAAGAGCAUCAGUGGCCUUCCACACUCAGUUGUUCUUCAAAACUAAAGGAGUUGUUAACGAAGAAGGUUUUGUCCUGUUUGUAAAGAAGAAUGCAAUUGUAGUUCUCAUUCCAAAAUUUGGAUUGGAAGGAACAGUAUUUUUUGACAGCAAGGACAAGCCUAACCUUAGAGUGUGUUUCGAUGAUGAGAUACCAACCCUGACAGUGGAGAGGACCAUUUUCCGGGUUUUUGACAAAGUAGUGGUGACCAUAAGCUUGGAUUCUUCAAACCUUCAGCAUCAGAAGAUCCGAAUGUCACUAGUCGAGCCCGUAAUUCCUGGAGUCAGUGUGUCUCCACAAACAUAUGAACCUGAACCAAAGAAGCCUAAGAUGGACAGCUAACAGCGAAAGACUAUUGUCUUGGAUGUGCUCAUCUUAAAUCAUUGGGAUACUUUUAUCCUGGAUACUGGACAGAAAUCAGUGUUUGACUUGGAAUCUAAAUGUGUAUUUUUAUUGAACUUUUCACUUUUGUAGUGAACUGCAUUUUAGACAUUUUUAUCACUAAUAAGGGGCAGUUUACUGUUGUCUCAAUAAAAAGAAUGUAAUGGUGACCUCUUA